AUGGAACCACAUCAACAUGACAACAAUGCUGAUACUUCUACGGCAGCAACAAACGAGCAUAUUCUGCGGUCAAAUCCGUUCGAUUCCGAGAUUAAUGAUUCAGUUGCGAACCGAUCAUUCGAACAAGAGGAAUAUUUGACCGAGUGCGACGAUGCUGCUGACGUUGAGGAUGAAUUAUCACGGAAUGCUUUUGCAUAUGAAGAAGCAUAUAACGACGCACUAAUUACCGAGGAGAUUAACCAGCAAGAAUCGGUGAAUUUUGAAGCAGACGAGACAAAUAGAGACAGCGAUAAAGUUUUCAUUUUCGCCGGUGUGUUUUGUCGAAAAUUAUAUUGUUCCCAGCAGCGCCCACGUGAAUUCGAAAAGCGUAAUAUAGAAGGAAAUGAUAUGACGGAAGUUUUGGAGUUACUUUGGCAGGUAGCAAAAAAGCAGGUGCAUAGAGCAGUUACCUUGAAAGAUGAUAUUCCAACAUGGGCCGAAGAUGAUCCAAAACUGGAACACAUACAAAAAUUUGUAACAUUGCAAGAUGCGUGUAAAAAGAAGCUCUAUUAUGUGUCAUCGGUUUCUCCCAGACUUCUGCGGAAUUGGCGACAUAAGACGAUUAAAAUUUUUGUUUACGUCUACUCCACAAAUGUCGAAAAUAACACACAGUAUCAACAAAUUUUAAAGAAAUUAAUUUUACCACAAAACCCGGAUCGAUCUGGUGCCAACAGUACUGUGGAUGAAUCUGUACUAGCCGCUGAGCUUCGCAGCAAACAUCCUGACAUCGAGGGGCAUCAUAGUUCAUGGCUGCUUUGGGCCAACUUAAUCAAUUCUUCUCCGAUACACGAACGAGAUAAACUGAAGACAUCCAAGGCACCACCGUUAGAACUGGCGAAAUAUUUUCGAUGGACGGCUAUAUCUGAAGCAGCAAGAUUGCAGUCGUUGCAUAGAGGAAUCGUGGUAGCGCAAACUGUGAAUGAUGGAUGGACAAAGCAAAUCGACGAAGUAAGGCAAGAUAUCGAUCUAGCGUUAACCGUGCUUCAGAGAGUUGUCGACAAACUUAAUGCAAUGGAAUCUCGAGCGAAGGGUGAAUCUGAACUAUUUGCAGCGAUGUCAUCGGCAACGCAGCCUGAAGAAAGUGAUAUUAGUCAGAAACUAUCAGCGAAGGUAGUGGACUGUACGGACGUGGAUCAUCAAUGA